AUGGACGGAGACCGCGUGACCGAGUACACGACGCGGCUGCAGAAGCAGGAAUGCGAGAUUCAGAAUCUGUCCGCUGAGCUGGAAAGCCUGAAGAACUCUCAGAAGUCAAAUCCGUCUUCUUGUCGUCUGGAUGUGCUAAGAGAGGAAAACAGCAAACUGCAGUACCGCCUCAACAUCCUCAAAAGGAGUUUGGAGGAGGAAGCCCCCCACUGCGGGACUGCCAUGUUGAACAUCAACCAGCGACUGCAGGACAUUUUUUCCCUGGCGAUCCGGGCUGCCUGCCCUGAGCUUGACAGUCCACCGCUCUCCGUUACACCCAACCAGCAGGCCAAGUUUGGAGACUACCAGUGCAACAGUGCCAUGGCCAUGGCACAGAUGUUGAAAGCCAAAGGCAUGAAAGUCAACCCUCGAGAUAUCGCAGAGAAGAUUAUGCAGAACAUUCCAGGAAACGAACUCAUCCAGAAGACUGAAAUUGCAGGACCAGGCUUCAUCAACAUCCACCUGAAGAGAUCGUUUGUGUCCAAGCUGUUGAGCAACCUUCUGGUCAAUGGUGUGCAACCGCCUCCGCUCGCUCAAAGGAAAAGGGUGGUGGUGGACUUUUCAUCCCCCAACAUUGCCAAGGAGAUGCACGUAGGACACCUGCGCUCCACCAUCAUUGGGGAAAGCAUGUGUCGACUCUUUGAGUUCCUGGGCUAUGACGUGGUUAGGUUGAACCACGUCGGUGACUGGGGCACGCAAUUUGGCAUGCUCAUCGCGCACCUUCAGGAUAAAUUCCCAAACUACCUGACUGUGUCGCCCCCCAUCGGAGACUUGCAGGCCUUCUACAAGGAGUCCAAGAAGCGUUUUGAUGAAGAUGAAGACUUCAAGAAGCGAGCGUAUCAGUGUGUGGUUCGACUGCAGAGUAAAGAACCGGACUUCAUCAAAGCCUGGACGCUCAUCUGUGACGUUUCCAGGAGAGAGUUCCAGAAAGUUUAUGACUGCCUGGAUGUGAAGAUAAUCGAGCGGGGGGAGUCCUUCUACCAGGACUUGAUGAUGGAUGUAGUAAAGGAGUUUGAGGAGAAAGGCCUGACAGAGAUGGACGAGGGCCGCAAGAUCGUUUUCGCCCCCGGACAGUCCAUUCCGCUGACCAUCGUCAAAUCUGACGGUGGCUACACAUACGACACUUCUGAUCUGGCUGCACUACGCCAGCGCCUUUUUGACGAGAAAGCUGACAUCAUCAUCUACGUGGUGGACAGUGGGCAGGGUACCCACUUUCAAGUAGUGUUCGCAGCCGCAAGGAUGAUUGGAUGGUAUGACCCCCAAGUGACCAGGGUGGAGCACGCUGGAUUUGGGGUGGUGCUAGGUGAAGACAAGAAGAAGUUUAAGACUCGCUCUGGCGACACAGUGAGGCUGAUGGACCUGCUGGAGGAGGGACUGAAGAGGUCCAUGGACAAACUCAAGGAGAAAGAGCGAGACAAGGUUCUGACGCCGGAGGAGCUGACAAAGGCCCAACGCUCAGUGGCGUUCGGCUGCAUCAAGUACGCCGACCUGUCGCAUAACCGCAUCAACGACUACGUCUUUUCCUUCGACAAGAUGCUGGACGACCGCGGCAACACGGCGGCGUACCUCCUCUAUGCCCUCACCCGAAUCCGGUCAAUCGCUCGAUUGGCUAACCUAGAUGAGGCAUCCCUGAAGAAGGCGGCCGAGACGACCGAGGUGCUUCUGGAUCACGAAAAGGAGUGGAAGUUGGGCAAGUGCAUCCUACGCUUCCCUGAGAUCCUGCAGAAGAUUUUGGAUGACUUGCUGCUGCACACGCUGUGCGAUUACCUCUACGAGCUGGCCACCACCUUCACAGAGUUCUACGACAGCUGCUAUUGCGUGGAGAAGGACCGACAAACAGGUGAGGUGGUGAAGGUGAACAUGUGGCGCAUGCUGCUUUGCGAAGCCACGGCGACCGUCAUGGCCAAAGGCUUCGACAUCCUGGGUAUCAAUCCGGUCCACAGGAUGUGA